AUGGUGCCUUCUGAAUCUUUAUCUAAAGAGGAAGGUGAAGAUCUUAAAAUGAAACAGCAGGCCGUGGAGUAUGUCCCUGCGCUCUACAAGAUCUUCGACGAGAUCAUCGUCAACGCCGUGGACAACAAGGUUCGUGAUCCAAGCAUGAGACACUUGGACGUGAUCAUUGAACCUGGAAGUAAAGCCAAUGGAUACAGACCUUGGAUCUCGGUGUAUAAUGACGGCAAAGGAAUUCCCGUCAAGUUCCACAAGACGGAGAAAGUCUACGUACCAGAGCUGGUGCUCGGUCACCUACUCACGGGAUCGAAUUUUGACGAUACAGCCGCGAGAUUAACUGGUGGAAGACACGGAUAUGGCGCCAAAUUGACGAAUAUAUUCAGUAAGGAGUUUGUAGUGGAGACAGGGGACACGUCCAUGGGAUUACGAUACAAACAGGUCUGGCACAACAAUAUGCGGACGCGUGGAGAGCCAGAGAUUACUGAAUUUAGUGGAAAAGACGCGAAAGAUUUUACAAAAGUGUCGUUCUCACCCGAUCUGGAAAAGUUUGAGAUGGAGAAGCUCACUGCAAGUAUGACGCGUGUGCUGAAGAAGCGCGUGUACGACGUAGCUGGCUGUUUGUCGGACGUACAAGUUACUCUAAACGGCAAGAAACUUCCCAUCUCAGGCUUCGAGUCGUAUAUCAAGACUUUCCGCUACUCAACUACGAACAACCCAGUUUCUAAGACCGCAAAACCAUCGAAAGACAGCGAUGACGCAGCAUCUUCUGGCUCAGAUUACAUUUAUUCGCGAGUGAACAAGCGGUGGAAGAUUGGCGUCUUGCCCUCUGAUGUGGGUUUUGUCCAGGUGAGCUUUGUGAACGGAAUGUCUGCGCUACGUGGCGGCUCCCAUGUGGGCUAUGUGAGCGACCAAAUCUGCCGUCGUGUUGCUGAACAUGUCAAUAAAAAGUUCCCAGAGCUCUCAGUUAGCACGGCUCAGGUGAAGCCGCACAUGGCGAUUUUCAUCAAUUGCCAGAUUGAGAACCCGACGUUCGACUCGCAGAUGAAAGAGUUCAUGACGUCGCGACCGCCUACCUUUGGAUCAACUUGUGUCCUCUCUGAGAGGCUAUUAAAGCUGGUGCUGUCAGACUCGGGUAUCGUUGAGCGUGUCGUUCAAAGUGCCCGUGCGCGACAACGUGCAGCUCUGCUCAAGAAGGUCUCGUCCACGCGUGCCAAAAGCUCGUCAGUUAAUGUCCCGAAGCUGGAGGAUGCAAAUCUGGCUGGUGGAGCUCGCUCAAGUGAGUGCUCGCUUAUAUUGACGGAAGGUGAUUCAGCGAAGGCUCUUGCAGUGGCUGGUCUGGCCGUCGUUGGACGUGACCAAUACGGUGUCUUCCCUCUGCGUGGUAAGCUGCUGAACGUGCGUGAUGCCACCGUCGCGCAGCUCGGUAAAAACGCCGAGUUUGCGCACUUGUGCACGAUCCUGGGACUUCGUAUGGACGAGCAUUAUGGCACAGAAGAAGCGCGUCAAAAACUGCGCUACGGACGUGUGAUCGCCAUGACGGAUCAAGAUCAUGACGGCUCGCACAUUAAAGGCUUGCUAUUUAACUUGUUCCACACGUUCUGGCCGGAGUUGUUGAAGGAAGGUGGCUUCAUUAGCGAGUUUAUUACUCCUAUCAUCAAGGUGAGUCCUACAUCCAAGCGUGUGGGCACGGAGCGUGGUCUAGAGACACGUCGUUUCUUCAGUUUACCUGAGUAUUUCGAAUGGAAAGCGUCGAUAGACUCGGCUGACCUCAAGCACUACGUCAUCAAGUACUACAAGGGACUGGGUACAAGUACUAGUGCUGAAGGACGCGAGUACUUCAGCGACCUGGACAAUCACCUGGUGGACUUCCACUGGAGUGGGGAUAACGACGGCGAUGCGUUGGAUAUGGUGUUCAGUAAAGCUCGUGCUGCAGACCGCAAGGCUUGGCUAUUGAACGAGUAUUCUCCUGCCUCUUACCUCGACACGAGCUCGGGCAGUGUCACGUAUCAGGAUUUUGUGAACCGUGAACUCAUUCAAUUCUCUCAUGCAGAUAACCAGCGAUCGCUUCCGUCGGUGGUUGAUGGUCUCAAGAUCUCGCAGCGAAAAGUUCUGUUCGCCUGCAUGAAACGCAAACUUACAAGUGAAGUGAAGGUGGCACAGCUAGCAGGUUAUUGCAGCGAGCACACGGCGUAUCACCACGGAGAAGCUUCGUUACACUCGACGAUUGUCAACAUGGCGCAGGACUUCGUGGGAUCCAAAAACCUGCCGCUACUGUUUCCGUCAGGUCAGUUUGGUACGCGAUUGCAAGGAGGUAAGGAUGCUGCUAGUCCUCGAUACAUCUUCACGUUGCUGCAGAAGCACACUCGCUUGGUAUUUCCCGAAGAAGAUGACGCGUUGCUUCGCUACGCUGAUGAUGAUGGAUUCCCGGUCGAGCCUGUGUUCUACGUACCUAUUAUCCCGAUGCUACUCGUGAAUGGUGCAGAGGGAAUCGGUACAGGCUGGUCUUCGUCGAUCCCUUGCCACCACCCGGUGCUAGUGAUCGACAAUCUUCUGAAGCUUCUGGAUGCAGAAGAAGCUGGAGAUGAUCUCUCGAUUGUGGAGCUAUCUUUAAUGACCCCGUGGGCCAAGGGUUUUAGCGGCGAUAUUCGGCAGACUGGCAAGCAUUCGUUCGUGUCUCGUGGAAACGUCGAGCAGGUCAAUACGUCGACAGUGCGUGUGACGGAGCUGCCUGUAGGCAAGUGGGUGGAAGACUACAAGAAGUUCUUGUGGGAUCUUGUUGGGAAGAAAGCCAUCCGCUCUUUCUCCGAGCAUCAUUCGGAGCGUGAUGUGCGCUUCGACAUCUCCAUGACACGCUCGGAUCUUGCCAAGUACGCGGAGGACGCAGCUGAGAAUUGCGAUGCCGGCGACAGUGAAGCGUUGGUUAAGCUCUUGCGUCUGGAAGCGCCUCUUAGUACCAGCAACAUGCACGCGUUCAAUGCUGACGGACAGCUGGUCAAGUACGAGACGAGCGAGGACGUUUUACGUGACUUCUACGGCGUCCGUCGCAAACUGUACUCGAAGCGUAAGCGGCAUCUGGAGCAGCGCCAAACCAAGGAGGUACUCCGUCUUAGCAACCGCAUCCGCUUUAUCCAGGAGGUUUCAACUGGAAGUCUACAGAAAAUCCUCAGGGAGCGUAUCCCCAAGGCCGAGCUGAUUGACCUACUUAAGGAGCACGGAUUCGCUCCUGCGUCGGCUUUCAAGGAGGAGGCGAUUGACCACAUGGGAGACCUUGGACUGGCUGCUGUUGGUCGAGAACAAGGCAAAGCUGGCGAUCUUGAUGGAAGUGAAGACUACGACUAUCUGUUGAAUACGUCGCUCAUGAGCUUCACAAAGGAGUUUGCGGAUCGUCUGCGGAAGGAGCACGAUACCAAGCAGGACAAGCUACAGCAGUUGCAGGCGACGACCCCGGCUCAGCUCUGGCGCAACGAGUUGGAGCGACUGCGCGCUGUGCUGAGCCAUUUUCUAAACGAGAACUCAGCGACGCUCAAGAGACCAGCGAGUGACGCGUUUGGAGCCAUGGCGAAGCAUGGCGCUGAAGUGGUGAUCGUGCCCCGUAACUUUAAGCUACUGGAGGAGCUGGAGAACAGCGAAAAGGGCCACGGAGACAUGAGCAUCUCGUACGGAUUAGAGCAGGCAGACGACAUUUUCCUCACAAACUGGAUCGGCACCAUCCUUGGCCCUGCUGGCACUUGCCACGACGGACGCAUCUACAGUCUGCGGAUCCACUGUAGUGACCAGUACCCCCAUGUGCCGCCCGAGGUGCACUUCACGAGCCGCAUCAACAUGAGCUGCGUGGACCCCCAGUCGGGCCGCGUGGAUCCGCGACGACUGGCAGCGCUGGGCAGUUGGCACCGCAAUAAUGGCAUCGAGCACGUGCUUGUGGCUAUCCGUGCCGAGAUGGCUUCGCCUACCAACCGACGUCUGCCGCAGCCGCCUGAGGGCGCCAACUUUUAGAAGCGUGUCGCUUUUAGGGACGAGUUUUUUCUGCUGUUGAAGCCGAAAAGAGAGAGAAAAAAUUAGGAAACGAAGGGUGCAAUGCGCUCUCGAAGGCCGAGGAAGGACAGUCUCUCCUUUUUUACUUCAAGUAAUGCCUAAUGCAUGAUAGUACUGCAUAUUUAGGCAUGCUAGUCGUGCGAAUCUGGUGCGACAGA